GUUUGCGCGAUCUGUCAAUUGGCGCUUUGCGAAGGGACCAAGGAGAUGCCGUGCGAACACUGUUUUCACGAGCAGUGCAUUACGAACUGGCUGCAAAUUCACAAUACUUGCCCCUGCUGCCGCUGUGAGGUCGAGUCGUGCAACCCUCGCUACAAUCGCCUAAAUCAUCAUCAAAUGAAGGGAGAAGUGCGGGAGGAGGCGAUGAUGAAGGCUGAAGGGGUAGGGAAACAAUGGGUAGAGGUUUGCAACAUUAGGGAGCUCAUGAACACGGUGUCGGAGUCCGGAGCACGAUGCUUCAUGACGGACGCUACUGGAACUAGGAGGUUAGCAUGGGGGACUGAGUACUAUGAUGCGGAUUUCAGGCCAUUGUUCUGA